AUGCACGCCACUGCUGCUCUCCGUGCCGCUGCCCGGACUCCUCUAAUCCGGUUCCUUGGUCGUCGUUCUGUGCCUCAAUCCAUUGACCACACUCCCCGUCCUCACCCCGCUUCCCCUUCGGGCGCGCUUCCUGAUUCUUUCGCUACCUACCGUGUCAAGGCUCAGCAGCACGGCCCCUUGAGCCGUGGCUCUUUCAUCCAGGGCUCGAUCGGCCGCAGCUCGGGCUCCUCCCUGGGCCCUGUUGAGCCCAAGAAUGGAGAAUUCUUUGACCGUACCGAGCUUCCUUCUCGCUUCCAGCGUCUUCCGUGGAGUGAGGCUGAGAUUGAGGCCAUUGAGACCGGUGGUGCUAGUCUCUUCGCUUAG